AUGGAGAUAACGGGGUGGGAGUGGCUGGAAGGGGCGGACGGGAAACAAACGAGGCCCGAGCGCUGCGCGGGAAACAGCGAGGACACAGAGUGUUAGGGCUUGCUGGUGGGACUCCAGCAGGCACAGGAUGACUGUGGGGCUGGGUCCUGCCACCCGGCCGUUGGGGACCUCCUCCUGGGUCGCAGCAAGCAACUACUGGCCUCUUCAACCUGUGGAGUGAACGGCCCCCAGAAGUACUGCAUUAUAGGCUACCUUGAGGCCGAACAGAAGUGCUUUGUUUGUGAUUCCAGGUACCCAUACAAUCCCUAUACACAACACAACAGCCACAGGAUUGAAAACAUUAUCACAACUUUUGAGCCAGAUAGGAAGAAAAAGUGGUGGCAGUCAGAAAAUGGUGUUGAUCAUGUCAGUAUUAGACUGGACCUAGAAACUUUGUUCCAGUUCAGCCAUCUCAUCCUGACCUUUAAGACAUUUCGGCCUGCAGCAAUGCUGGUUGAGCGCUCCACCGACUUUGGUCAGACCUGGAAAGUGUUUAGGUAUUUUGCACAGGACUGUGCAGCUUCUUUUCCCAACAUCUCUUCUGGUCCAUCAAAGGGUGUGGGAGACGUCGUUUGUGACUCAAGAUAUUCAGACAUUGAGCCCUCCACUGAAGGCGAGGUUGUCUUAAAAGCUUUGGAUCCUAGCUUUGAAAUAGAAAACCCAUAUGUGCCGUAUAUCCAAGAGCUCAUUACAAUGACAAACCUAAGGAUCAAUUUUACCAAACUCCAUACCCUUGGGGAUGCUCUCCUUGGACGAAGGCACAGUGAUCCCCUUGAGAAGUACUACUAUGCUGUCUAUGAGAUGGUUGUGCGGGGCAACUGCUUUUGCAAUGGCCAUGCCAGCCACUGUGAUCCUGUGCAGAAUCUGCGGGGUGAUGUCUUUCAUCAGCCCGGCAUGGUGCAUGGGAGAUGUAUCUGCCACCACAACACUGAAGGCUUGUCCUGUGAAAGAUGUAAAGAUUUCUACAAUGACGCUCCCUGGAGGCCAGCUGAAGGGUCACAAGAUAAUGCUUGCAAACGCUGUAACUGCAAUGGCCACUCUGGCAGAUGCCACUUUGACAUGGCUGUGUACCAGGCCAGUGGUGGGGUCAGCGGUGGGGUCUGUGAGGACUGCCAGCACAACACCACGGGGCAACACUGUGACCAGUGCAAGCUCUUCUUUUACCAGGAUCCACGCAAAGCCAUCUCAGACCCUCACGCGUGCCUCCCCUGCAGCUGUGACCCAGAGGGCACACAGCAUCGCGGUGCAUGUGAGAGCCGCACAGACCCUGUGCUGGGAACAGUGGCAGGCCGGUGCCUGUGCAAGGAGAACGUGGAGGGCGUCCGCUGCGACAAGUGCAGGGCCAACCACUUCGGGCUGAGAGGCAGUGACCCACUGGGAUGCCAGCCCUGCAACUGUGAUGCCACCGGUACUUUGCCUUUCUCCGUCUGUGACCCUGCCACUGGGGAGUGCCUCUGCCAGCGGUUCACCACGGGCCGGCGCUGUGAGAAAUGUGUUGUGGGAUACUGGGGUCUCGGCAGGAGCUUGUAUGGCUGUUCUCCAUGUGACUGUGACAUUGGUGGUUCCCAGGAUAACUUGUGCUCACCAGAAGACGGUCAGUGCAAGUGCCUUCCCAACAUCGUGGGACGCCAGUGCAACGAGCCAGCCCCAGGCUACUUCUUUUUACCCCUGGAUUAUUAUAUUUAUGAAGCUGAGCAUGCAGCACCCCUUUCUGGCUCUGCACCCUUGGGUGCAGCUGAGCAGGGACAGGACCCAGCCCUGGAGGUGGUUUUCAGGCAGCCCAGCACUGGCCGAGCUGUCACCUGGACGGGCCCUGGCUUUGCACGCAUCCCCAAUGGAGCUGGGCUGAGAUUUGCCAUCGACAACAUUCCCCUGGCUAUGGACUUCACUAUCACAAUCCGUUAUGAGCCUGAGACCUUAGAGGACUGGUUAGCAAGUGUAACCAUCCAUCCCACUGGUGUUUCAUCAAGUCAACACUGCAAAGCCAACAGCUUUUCACAGGAGCCUCACAUGUUGGCCCUCCCAGCUACAAAGAGGAUUGCACUGCUGCAGACCCCAGUCUGCCUGGAGCCAGGAACCCAGUACUCUGUGGAUGUCUAUUUUUCUCAUCCUUCUGCCUCUGACCCAAAAACUAAAGCGUUCAUCUUGAUCGACUCUCUUGGACUUAUUCCCAGAAUCAGCUCCCUGGAGAACUUAUGCAGCAAAAAGGAUUUAGAUGACUACCAAAAGUAUCACUGUGUCGAAAUUGCAUCGGAAGUCGGACCUCAUGUGCUGCCCGAGGUGUGCGCCCGGCUGAUAGCCAGCAUGUCAGCCCGCCUUCACCGCGGCGCCGUCGCGUGCAAUUGCAAUCCCCAGGGCUCACUGAAUGCCAGCUGCAGCAGAUUGGGCGGCCAGUGCCAUUGCAAAGCCAAUGUCGUGGGGCGCUGCUGUGACACAUGCUCUGCAGGCAGCUACGGCUUUGGGUUCCACGGCUGCUACCCAUGUGAGUGCCACCCGCAGGGCUCAGUGAGCUCGCUGUGCGACCAGGUGACGGGGCAGUGCGCCUGCCUCCGGGAUGUUGACGGUCGGCGCUGCAGCCAAUGCCUGCCUGGGUAUUUUGGGUUUCCCCACUGCCGCCCUUGCCCAUGUCAUGGCUUUGCAGAGCUUUGUGACCCGGUGACUGGCGAGUGCCUGAACUGCAGCAGGUUUACAGCUGGAAGCCACUGUGAAAGGUGCAUCGAUGGCUAUUAUGGAAACCCUUCCAACACAGAACCCUGUCGCCCAUGCAUGUGCCCAGGGACACCUACCAGCAAGAGGUUUUUUGCACAUUCCUGUUACCAGGACUCCCAGACUUCACAAAUAGUCUGCAAUUGUCUUGAGGGAUAUUCAGGCAGCCGGUGUGAUGAAUGUCCUAGCGGGUUCUACAAAAACUCAGGAAGCCCUGGGGAAGAAUGUGCACCAUGUCCCUGCAACAACAACAUUGAUCUGACAGACCCAGAGUCCUGUAACAGGGUCACCGGGGAAUGCAUCAAGUGUUUGCACAACACCCAUGGAGCAAACUGCCAGUUCUGCAAACCCGGGUAUUUUGGCUCAGCCCUCGACCAGGACUGCCAAAUCUGCACGUGCAAUCCUGCAGGUGUCCUCCCUGCCACAUGCCCUGGGGGGGACACAGCCUGCCUGUGUGACUCAGCCACUGGAGCUUGCCUGUGUCAGCCCAACGUGGUUGGUACAACAUGUGACAAAUGUGCGCCGGGCUACUGGGACCUGGCUGGUGGAAAAGGAUGUCAGCUCUGUGACUGCGACCCGAAAAAUACCCAAAGUAACCAGUGUGACCAGCUUACAGGCCAAUGUCUAUGUAAGAUAGGCUACAGUGGGAAACGUUGUGACGAAUGUGAGGAAAACUACUUUGGCAAUCCUCAGAAGCAUUGCAUUUCAUGCAACUGUAACCCAGAGGGAACCAGCUGGCCCCGGUGUGACAAAGCCACCGGUGCGUGUAAUUGCCGUGCUGGUGUCACUGGGCGGUUCUGUGACCAGUGUGGCCGUGGCUUCGAGAAAGACUUUCCCUCUUGCCAUCAGUGUCACCUUUGUUUUGAUGAGUGGGACACUGAAAUUACUGCCCUCGCCCAGACUGUUCAAGGGUUAAUGAGGUUUGCUGCAAGCCUAGAAGAUAAAGGAGGACGGACGCCCAGCUGUGACAUGCGAUUCAAAGCCUUUGAAGAUGCCAUUUCUGAAAUUGAAAGAAUUUUGAAACAUCCUGUUUUUUCACUGGAGGCGCUCUCAAGCAUCAAGGAUUUUCAUGGCUACGUUCAACAAAAAAUUGCACAAAUGGGUCCAAUUCGUGGUAUGCCACAUGAGUUUCCUGACCUCACUGAGAACAUUGAAGACAUUGGUGAAGAAGCCGAUCGUGUCUAUGAUCUUCUACAACAGAAAUUAGAUCUGCAUCGCACGUUUCAUUACUUGAGCCUCAAAGAGGCUAUCAGCAACAUUAGGAAACACUCUGAAGUAUCAUUCCUGGCAGAAGAGAAAGUCCGUGAGACAACCCCAGUGGUAAGGCACUCGGAGCACACCCGGCAGAGCGUGCUUGCUGUGAUGCACAAGCAGGCCUGGGAAGGGAGCAAAGUGCUGGAGCAGCUCAAACUGAUCAAGAUCCCUGACAUCCAACACUUGGCUGAAAAAAUCUGUGGGGUGCCAGGAAACCAUUCCUGCACUGCAGCAGCCUGUGGGGGAGAAACAAACUGCAGUGGAGCUCUUUCUCUCUCCUCCAGUGCAUUCAGGAAAGCUGAGGAGACUGCUGUCUUGCUAACUAACUUGACUACUCAGCUACAGGAACCUGAGAAUCAGGUUGAAAGUAUCAGAAAAAUGGCAGAAGAUGCCAAGCUGAAAGGCUCACGCUUCAAUGGGGAACUGGAGAGAGUUAAGAACCAGAUUAAAAUUGACCAAGAAGUCACAAAGGAAUUCAUCAGAAAAGUGAAAAACUUCUUGUCAGAUGAGAGUGUGCCUCCAGAAGACAUUGAGCAGGUGGCAAGUUAUGUCCUGCAGAUAAACCUUCCCCUGACUCCACGAGAGCUAACAAGCAUGCUUGGCAAAAUCAGAAGCGUUAUGGCCCACUGUGAGAGGUACAAACUGAACACAAACAAGAGAAACAGGAAAAUGGAAGUGGCUCAGACUCUGUUGGUGGAGGCACAGGCUGCUGACAAAGCAGCUAAAGCUCUUCCCCCUGUGGACAAAAUUAAUGACAAACUAAAAAAUGUUGUGAGCUCCCAAGGACGCUCCAAAAAUGCCCUCAUAAAGUUAAAUGAAGAGAUACAAGGAAUCAGAGCACAAAUCUCACAGGCUGAGAACCAAAUGAACAAGACAAGCGAUGAACUCAGUGACUUUUCAACAAAGCAGUCCAAUGUGGAAGAUGAAAUUGCCACACUGCAGAUGAAAAUGCUGAUGAACAGGAAUCAAGCUACAAAUGUGAGAGUGGGGGCAGAAGCAGCAUACAAGCAAGUUCAGAACAUUGAUAACGAAUUUGCUGACAUUAAAAUGAAGUACACCAUUCUUCAAGACAAGCUGAAAGCAAAAGGAUCUCCAAAAGUAACUCUAGAGAAAGUGAAGCAGCUGAAGGAAGAAGCAGAAAAACUGGCUGAAGAGACUGAAAAAAAAAUUAAAAGAAUAACAGAUUUGGAGAAGAAGCUUCAGGACCUGAAUCAAACCAAGCAAGACAAGGCAGAGCAACUCAGACGACUAGAGGAACAAGUGAUAGCUAUUAAAAAUGAAAUCACAGAGCAGGAAAGCAAGUACUCAACAUGCAAAAGCUAAGGGCUGGGCAGGUAAAGUGCAAUCGAGGCCUCUGUGUUUACCACCUCAUGAGCAGAAGGUGGCUGUCCUCUGCUUGUAUGUUUGAAGGUGUGUACAGUAUGUUGGUGUGGGGAAUAACGUAACUUCAUCUUGGUUUUUAGUCUGAGUUUAUAUGGAAUAUAAACAACUUUUAAUAAACUUUUAAUAGAACAUCCAGUUAAGUAAUCAGGACACAGUCUUGAAGGGAACUCAAAAAUUCACUGCUGCCAACAGCCUGUGACUUCUCAUUGCAAGGGGCUGAAAACCAUAGAAUCAUUAAGGUUGGAAAAGAGCACUAAGAUCAUCUAGUCCAGUCAUCGACCCAUUCCCACUGUGCUCACUAACCCACGUCCCCCAUCUCCAAGUGGCACUCAAAUGCCUCCAAGGACAGUGACUCCACCACUUCUCUGGGCAGCCCGUUCUAGUGUAUUACCAGGGAAGUGGUGGAGUCACUGUUCUUGGAAGUGUUCAAGAAACAUUUAGAUGUUGCAGUAAGGGAUGUGGUUUAGUGAGGAAAUAUUGGUGGUAGGUGGACGGUUGGACUUGGAUGAUCUUGGACGUCUUUUCCAACCUCGGUGAUUCUAUGAUAUUAGGACACAUGGACUCAAAUUCUAAAGUUGAAAAAGGAGGAUUUGUAAGAGACCUCCAACAGCUGCCUUAGAGAUGGCUCCCAACACCCUCAGAUGUGUUGCUGAACCCUCCAGGUGCCUGGGGCUGCCUGCAGACCAGGACAGGGCCUUGCUGAGACAGAGUAGGGGAACACCUGACCAUCAGGGAGACCCCAUGUGUUCACCAAAACCACGCUGGGCCACCAGGAGAGGCGGGUGACAAGCAGCAAAGCCUCCAGUGCCCGCUGGAUGGCAGUGCACAGAUGUUUAACGCCGAAAUCAGCUCUGAAAUCAUUGCAGUACCUCUUCUAUGUGUGUUCAUAAGGGGCGGCCCACGUUUUUAACACACCCUACAGCUUGAGAACACCCCCAGCAUUUCGGCCUAAGCCAUGGAGCUGAAGGGUGCACAAUUUGAAGAAGUUUCUCAGCAAUUCCCCUACAGGUGGUGCUUCACAGCAGUCAGGAUUAGCACAGCAGCUCAUUGUAGCCAUACAAAAUACAAGAUUCGUCCCACAUUUUAGUUUAGAAUUAGUUUCUAAUCUAAAAAGUAGACAGGGGUUAGGUAAAGGCUAUAGGAAGCCUAGAGUUUUAGAAAGGCCAAAGGGAGCAAGGCCUCCAUUUCAAAAUCCCACCCUUGGUACUCCUGGAACUGAGCAGAGCAACUCCAGCUUUCCCUCGGUAAAAAUGAGCCAUCCCCAUCUGCGCUGCCCCACAGGGAGUGCCCACUCAUCGUGGGCCGUGUGUGCAAUGUGAGGAGCCGGGCACUGCCUCCAUGGGUUCUGAGGCGGCCCGGUGCCAGCAGCGCACCUACAACAAGCCUCAUGUGAGAGCCAGCCUCGUGUCCACCCAAGGAGAUGUAACCUCUGCAGUUAUCAGCGUUAAAAGCAUCUGUAUAUGGUGGGGGGCUUAGAUAGGAACUGCUGGCACAGAGAUCUCAGUAACGUUCUGCGAUUCCAACCAGCUGCACACCAGGCAGCGCGCCACGUGCACUGCAGCUCCUGCUGUGACAACAAAAGCACCAAACUGUAACCUUGAUGUGACCCAGCAAAGGCACAUGCUGGCCGGUGCACACAGAAUUUGUGUUCUACCUCUUCCUGAAUUCUUGCACUUCAAAAAAAUCACCUGUGAGAGGCAAUAAAGCAGGCCUGGAGAGGAGAUGGAUCCACGGGCAGAAACUUUUAAAGUGUUUUUGCAAAGUCAGUCUGUGUGCAGAUGCUUGAUCUGGAUCAAACCCACUCGUUUCAGUCCCCCCCACCUCCAGUUCUCGUGGACACAACAUUUAACCAAAACCAUGUGAAAUCAAAUAGAUAAUCAAAUAGGAUCUUGUCAGUUUUUGCUGGGCAUUCAACAACAGCCAUGCUACAACGGGCAGUAAAUUGGGUCUCACUGAGGUCAGAGACAACCCUGAGCCAGGCACAGCACAAGCGGCUCCAUGGGCAUGCUCAGCCUGUGUUAGCUCCAGAGAGGACAGCAGUUCUGCAAGACCAUGAAAGAGAGAAAAAAAGGAGCAGAAAAAUUCAGUAAAAGUUAGAAAAAUAUGCAACAGAAAAGCAUCCAGUGGAAAUGAAACACUGCUGUUGCACACAGGCAGGCAGAACGUGGCAGAGCACCUUCUGCCCCUUACUGCUGGAGCUCACUGACCAACAGUAAAGCAUUUGCUAAGUAGGACAAGUGCAGUUGUUGUAUUGAAACUAACACAAAGCCAUGCCGUGAUUUGCUUGACUGUGAAAUUCUAUGAGUUCCAUGAAUUCAAAGACCACAUUGCAAAAGAGGUUUAGAAUAACAAUACCUCAAUACCUGCCCUACCAGCUAAGACUGGUUUAAUUUCCUGGGCAUCUUUAAUGAAACACAGCCAUGAAAUCUUCGGUGGAGAGCCCUGGGUUAUGUUCCAGACCUGGUGUUUAACCUUUAGGGCAAGCCACUUGCUAUCUCUCUGUUUCUGCUUAUCCAUCUGUGAAACGAGAGCGAGCAUAUUUACCUACCCGGCAGGGUUUUGUGGGACGCAGCCCGCCACAUGCUUCCAUUCAGCGACUGCAAACAGUGAGGGCAAAGUGUUCUUGAGGGACACCGGUACCUGGCAAAGCUUUACGCACCAGCUGCGCGUGCACAACACACCUUGUGCGCAGAACUGAGGACCCAUCUCAGGAUACCCAAGCGCACGGGAUCCUCCAUUUCCAGCCUCAUCGCUUUCCCGGAGCAGCAGCCGCAGCAGGAGGACAAACGCUCCAGCUCCAGCCCGCUGCUGCACGGCACAGGCGAGCAGCAGAGCUCCCGCUUCAGUAACAAAUUGCUCUGCUCUCCUCAAACCAUCCCUCCACCAUCCCGUGCCGCGUGUCUGCAGCUAGUGAGAGGCAGCCUGCGGCCUCUCCUCCUGCUUCGCGGCCACCGAGCGCUGCACGCGAUGGUUGUGGCCCUUUGCCGGGCCGUGGCCCUUUCCCGCAGGGCGGUCAGCAUCCCUUGCCUGGCCGGGGACGGCAAGCAGCAGGCUGUCAGCUCGCGAGCCCGGAUUACAGACGGUUCUCUGCCCCCUGCCGCCCCGCAACCCGGGGCCGCUCUCCCCGAGCCGCACCUCGACGACCGGCUCCUCCGCUGCCCACUCGCCGGCUGCACGGCUCCGGCGGGGCC